UGCGCCUCUAAACUGGUUUGUCAGCCACCAAUAGACACCAACGAAGAAGAAGCAUUCAGCAUGAAAAGAAGUAGAGCAGCUUUUAGAUCAGAUGUCUUGUGACCUGCUGAUGAGGAAGCAGACAGCUCUACUGGGUUGGCAGCGUCCAUCAUAGUAGUCAGAGAUGGCUGGUCUGGGGUCGGUGAAGAGAUGGCUCCCUGCUCAGCUGCUGCUCCUGUUGGCGCUGACCAACAUCUCUGAGUCUAGAGUGAAUUUCUUUGCUCCAGAUAUUGUCACGCUUCAGGAAAACUCUGAAGCCAACAUCACCAUUACUUCCAGUUCCCCUCUCAACCAGUCCGCCUUGAUUCAGUUAAAUGUAACCUUCAGCUCCAAGUCCAACUCCUCAUCUGUCCUCACAGUGCCUGAGCAGGUGUUGCUGCCAGCGGAGGCGACCUCAGUCAGCUUCAAUGCGACCGCCCAUCAUGUCGGUCAGGUGACCACAUACCUGUUUAGCAACAACACAGACCUCAACAGUUCGUACGUCAGGAUCCACUUUACGGUCAUCCAUAGCAACGUCCUGUCAGUGAUCAGUCAGGUGAUUGGCUGGAUUUACUUUCUGGCCUGGUCAGUGUCCUUCUAUCCACAAGCCUGGGAGAACUGUAGGAGGAAAAGCGUUGUAGGUCUCAACUUUGACUUCCUGGCCCUCAACCUGACUGGCUUCAUCGCUUACAGUGUCUUCAAUAUAGGACUGUUCUGGGUGCCUUAUAUAAAGGAGGAGUUUCUGAUGAAGAACCCAAAUGGUCUUAACCCCGUCAGCGCUAAUGAUGUCUUCUUCAGUCUCCAUGCUGUCCUGCUCUGUUUGGUCUACAUCAGCCAGGCUGCUGUGUAUGAGAGGGGGGGUCAAAAGGUCUCCUGUACGGCCUGGUUGUUGUUGGCGAUCGGCUGGACAUUUGCCUUGGUCAGCUUGUUUCUUGCUGUAGCCAAACAGAUCUCCUGGUUGGAUUACCUCUACUAUUUCUCCUACAUUAAACUGGCGGUCACUCUGAUCAAAUAUGUGCCACAGGCGUUCAUGAACUACAAAAACCAGAGCACCGAAGGCUGGAGUAUUGGCAACGUGCUGCUGGACUUCACUGGAGGAACCCUCAGUAUUCUACAGAUGAUCUUACAGUCCUACAACAAUGACGAGUGGACGCUGAUAUUUGGUGACCCUACGAAGUUUGGUCUGGGUCUGUUCUCUGUGGUGUUUGACAUCCUCUUCAUGACUCAGCACUACUGCCUCUACAGACAGCCACGACAGUACGAAGCUGUUGCAGAGCAAGAAGAGGACUGAUGUUGACUGUGGAUAGACUUUUUCUAAAAACACAUAAUCACAAGGGAGCACCAGUCCAAAAUAAAUGAUUCGACCUGCUCUAGAGAAUUCCUGCUGGUUGUCAUCUCUGACUCCCAUCAUGAUAUGUUGAGUUCUCUCGGGCAGGUUUUACACACGUUGUCUGAUUUGUAUCUGGCUGCUCUGAGCUUAGUGUGCCGCUUUCUAAAAUAUCACAGGAUCAGCACUUGUCUUUUUUUACCACUGUAUGAAAAUGGUUGACCAACGGUGUACGAAAAACUAAUGAUGACAAUGUACACACUUGUUUUUAUUAAAUGCAAUAUCACAACUGAAA